GAUUCGUCGGAAGUCUUGCCUAUGGCUAGAGCGCGCACUUCCGGGGCUUGUCUAGCCGCCUUCCUUCCCCGUGGUGUUGGUUGGGAGCGGCCUGGGCGACAGUAAUACUGUGGCAGCACCAUGGCCGGCAUCAAAGCUUUAAUCAGCUUGUCUUUUGGAGGAGCUGUUGGAUUAAUGUUCCUGAUGCUUGGUUGUGCCCUUCCAGAUUACAGCAAAUAUUGGCCACUGUUUGUUUUGUUCUUCUACACCCUCUCUCCAAUUCCAUACUGCAUAGCAAGAAGAGUUGUUGAAGAUACAGAUGCUACAAGUAAUGCUUGCAAGGAACUUGCCAUAUUUCUUACAACAGGCAUUGUUGUCUCAGCAUUUGGACUUCCAAUUAUAUUUGCCAGAGCAGAACUGAUUAAGUGGGGUGCCUGCGCACUUGUCCUAACAGGAAACACAGUCAUAUUUGCUACCAUCCUAGGGUUUUUCUUGGUUUUCGGCAGCAAUGAUGAUUUCAGCUGGCAACAAUGGUGAAAAGAGUUGGAGUGAGAACUAUCAACAUCUCAUGUCAUUCAGUGGCCAUCCAUACUCAAGAAAGAAGGGGCAAUAAAGUGAAUGUACUGUUUUCACAGAGGGGACUUGGGGUAGGGCACUCGGUAGCCGGUAGCCGCUUUUCUUCUCUUUUCACAAACAACAUUAACAUUUGGCUUGAUUUAAAUAUUUUUAAUAGGUUGAUGCGGUUUUAUUUUAAUACUUUAUUUUGAUGUGAGAACAGAAUGCUUAAAAUAUGUUUAAAAGGUAUCUUUUUUAAAGAGCCUGAUAGCGGUAGUUAAAUAUAAAGUUGAAUUUUUCACUAUUGAUUAUUUUAAAACGAAUGUGCAGUUAUGACACCAAGUAAUAAAGUAAAAACCAAGAAUGGCACAAUCCUGUCAAAAGUAUGAGGCUUUUGACUGGGUCGUAGGCACAGGUUUGGAAGUAGCUCCCGAAUUCCAUAAAGAUUAUGGUUAUGGAGAGAAUUGUGCAUACGGCCUGUUGAUUUUAAUCAGAGAAUUAAGCAUGCGUUCGGUACUCUAAUUCUUUUCUGAAAAUAAGUUAAGAUUCUGGAAAGCUGAAUUGUGCCCUUCAAGAGCAGUUAUGCAUUUUGUUGUGGAAUUUUGGAGAAAAGCUGAAAUGAAAAGUAUUCAGCAGCUGGCUGGUAGGUGUUUUUAUUAUUAUGUAUGAGGCUGAAAGUGUUCCAUUUCCAUUAAUCCCGUUUAAAUGAGUAUGAGAAAAUUUUUGAUGAUAAUGGGAUAUCUAAGUGUUCAUUGCUUUAAAAGUUUGUCCAGCAUACAAAUAUUUUGAGAGUUUUUAUUUUUGAUUAUCUGAAAGGGGGAGGGAGAUGGAAUUUUAAUUUUUCUUGUGGGAGUAGAAGACGGGACUUUAAUCUUCAUUUUUAAAGUCUUUUCUGAAAACUGUGUUUAUGUAUUGCGUGGGUCAACAUUCUAUAUCAAUUGUUUUUUUUAAGUUUUACCAAAGGAAAGAUUAAUGAAACUACUGAUUAUAGAUAACUCAGCAGAAGGAAACCCUGCUCUAGGCAUCUGGAAAUAAGUGAUUCUGCUCCUUUACUAUUCACUUGCACCUAUUACAACAAAGUAUAAAAAGAUAAUUUCUGCUGCCCCCCCCUUUUUUUACUUUGUAUAUGGUAUAAAAAGGUUUUUCAAAUGUAGAUUAACAUUUCCACUGUAGAUAGCCAUUUAACUGGAAGACUAAUUACUGCAUACAUAUACAGUCAGGGCUUGGCUGCAAUUGCAAAUCUUUGAAUAUGAACAUUUUAUAGUAAUUCUGUUGAUGUUUUAGUUUAUGCACCAAUGUAUUAAAUGUUAGAUCAAAACUGCAGUUCUGUUAAAAUAUAACACAUGUAAUUUGCAAUAUUGAAUAUCUGUUCCAUUCCAGUUGGGGUUUUUGUUUCUAUUAACCAUAAAUUACCAUGUUUUGUAGAUAUAUUUAUUUUGUAGUCAUACUUUCCUGGUAACUCCUUCAUAUGAUACCUAAGUGUCUCUGUCUAUGCUUGCAUAUCGUUUUAUGCAAACUAGGCAAGAUUGAUACAGUCACUUAAACAUAGUCCCUUUUUUUAAAACAAUGCUAUUGACAUAGUCCUCUCCACUAUCAGUCCAGUCCAGAGUGCCUUGUCUCCUCCCUCCUUGGCUGCUCAGUGAUACGGUAUAUGUGUUUCACAGUGUGUCAGAUCCAUGGUAUAGGAGACAGGGGAAUGCAUGUAAAGGUACUGUGCAAAAGUGUCCAAUUACAAAUAGUGCUUGGGGCACAGCAGUAUUUGGCUUGAAGAAAAAGGAGGGAAGAAGACAAUUUGCUGAUCUCUUUCUACUGACAGAACUCUGUCCAGGGAAGUAAAGUUGAAUCAUGGCCUACAUGUGCAGACUUCACAAGAUAAAAUGAAUGUUACACAGACUGUAGUAGUUAUCAGUGCAGGAUUCCCAUGCCCCUCUUUUAAAAUUGUAUGAUACAGAUUUCAGAUAGAAAAGUAUCUCUAAAGCCCGAUAAUUAUUACAGUUUUAUCUAUGUUGAAUCUUCAAAAUAUUUUUUUCUGGAGGGUUAAAAGACAGAAAAUGGCCAAGCACGAGUAUACUUUGCAAAACCUGCACAAUUCUUUACAGCCCAGUCCAACUUUUAAAUGUCUGAAUCCUAGCAGUCUUAGGAACCAGAAGUGCAACUUCUGCUGCAUGAUGCUGAGAUGGAUGCAGUUACAUCCCUGAAACUCCUUUGGAAAUUCUCUGCACUGCACUGAUGGUGGAAUAAUCUUAGCCAUCAAAUAGACAGAUGUGAACUCAUUUUGUGACACCCCCCUCAAUCCUGUAUUGUACCAAGAUGGGUUCUCAUUUUCCUGUACUACUAUUGCUUUGUGAUAAUGACAGGCUACUCUUCGAGAGUGCCAGCUCUAUUAUAUUUUAUAGUAAUGUUUGUCGUCUUAAUAAGUUUGGGCAGCAUUGUGGCUACAGACAUACUGCUGCCUCCAAUUAUCAGGUGUUAAGAUAUUUGAGACAUAUGUUUUUUCCCAUGUAAUAUGCACUGAGAAGCAUUGCCAUCCUACAGGCAGAAAUUUUGAUGAAAAAAUAAUAAACGAUUUAAAUAUCC